CAGUCUCAAAGCUCGACAGCUCGUGCGACCCCCCGCGUCUUCAGGCCAGGGUGUCUUUACGAAAGAUCGGGUUCUCAAGGUUGCAGCUAGUAACCAGCACAUACUGGUCAGACGCCUCGCUCUCCCGGCGCGGCAGCUGCCACCGAAAACGCGCCGAUGUGGUGGCUCUUCCGGAUAGUCUCGAGCGCCGUCUACCUCCUCACCAUAGUCCUAUCCAUACCGAUAUGCUUUGACGUGGGCGGACGCGACAGCGGCCUGGCAUACAGUCUUGCCAUCUUCUCUUUCUACUUGCUGUACAGCACUGCGCGGCUCCUCACGCCAGACAAGUCGCGAGUGAGGUGGACCGUCACCAAGACCCUCCAGGCCUCGCAAUGGAUUGUCAUCCCGACACUGCUCAUCUGGUCUCUUCAUAGCUUUGCCGUCGACGCUAAUAGCACGGACUGGGUAUCAAAGACGAUUGGCGGCCUUGGUCGACGUGCAGAUACCUCGACAUGGACAAACUGGUUCUUUGGUACGGGCGGCAUUCUGGAGUCGGCCACGCUUGGUGUAUGGGACAAGAGCUUGAGAUACUCGACACCUGUCUUCCAGCUUCUUGAGGGCUUCUGCACCCUAUUGGUGAUUCAAGCCGCCGGCAAGCUGUCAAGAUAUCUGGUGAACAGAGGCCGAAGCGACACCUGGGUGCUUAUUCUCCUGAUGUUCUCCGCUUCAGUCAUUGCAACUGCUGUCUACUUUUUGUGGCGUGUUGCCCGAUUCCCGACUCUCAACAAUGUAGACGCCACGCUGAUUGGUGUCACCGUCACGUCUGCGUUUUUCCUCGGCGCUAUGGGCAUUGGCAGUGGACGCGGAAAUCCGGUUGAGUCAUCAUUGUUGUUCGCCUACGUCGUGCUCUGUGUCUACCAAAUCUUCACAGAUUACGUGCAGUCGCCAGAGGCCCAAGCUGCAGCCGCUGCAGAGAUGGCUGGCCAGCCUGAGUUCCCGCCGUUGCCACCCAUCAUCAUGGCGAGUUAUUCGACAUUCCUGCACUUGCUCGGCUCACUCCCGUCUGCCGUCUACUCCUCCCUCACGUUCCUCCAUGCGGCCUUCCAGACCAUCGCGCCGUCGGUUAUGAUCUCGCUGAUAUACCGUAUCAUUGUCUUCUACUGCGCCACCCGCAUAAUACCUGCGGUUCGUGAGUCCGGCGCCGGUGCGGUCAUGCUGGAACCGUCCCUGGACGACUCGGACAGUGCCAACCAGCUUCUCGGUUUCUUGUCCUAUUUCUCGCCUUCAAUACUUAUUGCGGUCUACACGAGUUUACUAAACCAGCACUUCUCGACCAGCGACGGCGGUGAGGGAUGGACCUUGCAUCACGGCGACGCCGGAGGCAACGUUUGGCGCUGGGCCAAUGUCGGUAUCACCAUGCUCCUGUACGGCAUCGAGUUGUAUCUUGGCAGCGACGAUUCCGAUGGUAGCAUGAGCGGUCACUGGAAAGUGGACUGAUCAGCGCGAGACGCCAUAUUAUCAAAUCUACAAUGUCGAAAGGAGGACAUUGAUGGAGCACGCAAAGUGAAUCCAAUCAGGUCCCAACAGAUGGCUUGGCCCAGGCAACCAAAGGCGUUUCCGCAGCGGCCAAUCA